AUGGCGACCAGUUUGAACUUAUACAGUGGUAAGUUUCCUAUACGUCAUAUACCGUUGACGUUGCCGGUGGACAUCCAUGUUUCACCCACCGAUGACUACCCCUGUUAUGGUCCAGUUAAUAGGUUUCAUUGGGUUUUAAAUUUAGGGUCCGAGCUCUAUUCCAUCUUCGACUUGUUCUUCUUAUCUUCCCUUUUUGCUCCAAGGUGCCGUUCAUCCUCAUCAUUUUCUCCUGGUCAUCGAUGGUUGAAAAGAAGAAGAAGAAGAAGAAGAAGAAGAAACCUCAUGUCAGAUUCGUUGAUUCAGGUUAUCAGAGUGAUUCCUGUUUUUCAUGCUAAUGCUGGCUCUCGAGGUGAGAGCAGCUUGAUGAAUUAUGGGAUUUUUUCAUAGAUUUUCAAGGUUUGGUUAUUGUACUUUACAGGUGUUUGAUCAUUUGCUUCACUGAGUUUCGGAAUAUUUGAUUAUCGGAGCAAGGUUUUCGUCUUCAUGUGUGUGCCUUGCUCGUAAAGAUGGGUUACAAGGAGGCUCAACAACUUUCAGAUAAUAAUUCAAUGUUCUAUAAAAACCAUGAAUCUUUGAGACAACUCAUGUAUGUAUGUAUGGAGAGGCACUAUACAUAUCCCUGCAACUUUCAUAGAAGCCAGCCCUAUAAUUUGCUAAUUAUAACAUGAACGUAACAAUUAAAAAGGUAAAUUACAACUAUAUUAUUUGUUGCUUAUUUGAAUGUUAAUCUGUAAUCAAUCUAGGUAAAGGGCUUAAAUCCUAGAUUCAUUUAUUCCUGUGAUGAGCUUUUCCUUUUUAAAUCUUUUUAGUCUGAUGCUCACUGUUGCUUCAUCUCUUCUCUCUACAAUGUAUGAUAUGGGUUAUGAUAAGUAGCAGUAUAUUAUUUAUGGUUUUCAUUUUCAUGUCUGUUGACUGUUGGCGAUGUCUAUUUUGGUUUAAAAAAUUAAUUUUAUGGUUUUUUUUUUGUGGAGUGGUUUGGACAGUCACUUGGAUUGAGAUUUAACCAUGUCACAAAUGGAUUCACUGCUAAGGUUGACUUGCCUGAUCACUCUUAUGUCACUUUGUUAUUAUCUACCUUUCUUAUUUUCUAAUUGAUUAAACAUGUAAUAUUGUAGUCUCAAUGAAUUUCUAUUAGGCUAAUCAUUGAAAUCAAGAAGAUACUCUCUCAUUUAGUUUUGCUUGCGUCUUUAUUGCAAAGCAUCUUCAUGGAAGUAUAGACGGUUUGAUUAUAUCCAAAGGGAGCCAUCUUUUGCAUAUGAUUUUCAUUCACCAAACAGCAGAUCUAGCUUCCAUGAUAUGUUUAUUAUAGCACAAUACUUUCAUUUCUUUGACCAGUAUUGCAAUUACCAUUCUUUUUAAUGGGGAUAACACUGGCUCUUGCUCUCAUUUACCUUCAUUUUUCUUUUAUGAAACAGAGGCUUGUCAAACGUUUGUAUAAAGAAAACUUUGUUGCAUAAAUUGGAAAAUGUUGAAAUGUUUUUUUGAGUUGAUGUAAAUUUAACCCUCUUAAGUAAU